AAUGAAUAUCAACAUUCUAUCCGAAGCGGAAGCCCAGGUCCAUCGGUUAAUCCAACGGUACGAAAGUGUGCGGACAAUGGGCCACAACGGUACAGCACCAUCCUAUACGCAACGGCCUAUCGAACCAGCUCUUGGAACAUACAUUCUACCAAAACCUUCAUCUGCAAGGACACUAAUAAGUCCACUCUUCCCGCUUUAUGUUCGGCAAGGAACGGUUGGAGAUGCAGGAUG